AUGUCUUCUUUUUUCUGUCUUUCCUUCAAUCGUGGCCGAUGUCUUCUUUUCUUUUCAUGUCUUUUAAAUAAAUAUUUUUUAUAUAAUAUGUCUUUUUUUUUUGAAUUUCCUUCAAUCGUGAAAUGUCUUUUUCUUUUCUGUCUUUCCUUCAAUCGUGGCCGAUGUCUUCUUUCUUUUCUGUCUUUCCUUCAAUCAUGGCCGAUGUCUUCUUUUUUUUGUCUUCCUUUCAAUCGUCUUCUUUUCUUUUUUUCUGUCUUUCCUUCAAUCGUGGCCGAUGUCUUCUUUUUCUUUUACUGUCUUUCCUUCAAUCAUGGCCGAUGUCUUCUUUUCUUUUCUUUUUUAUCAAUCGUGGCCGAUGUUUUCUUUUUUUUUCUGUCUUUCCUUCAAUCUAUGGCCGAUGUCUUCUUUUUCUGUAAGUCCUUCAAUCGUGGCCGAAUCUUCUUUCUUUUAAUCUUUCCUUCAAUCAUGGCCGAUGUCUUCUUCUUUUUAUGUCUUUCCUUCAGUCUUUCUUUUUUUUUUCUUUGA